AACAAACGGCUGAGCUCACAAUCCCGGCCGCGGCCCGCCCGCCCCCUCCCCCAUGGAGAGAGCCAGGCCGGAGCCACCGCCGCCACCGCCGCCGCCGCCGCGCCAACCGCCGCGGCCCACCCCUCCGCGCCCGUUGCGCCCCGCUCCGCCCGCGCAGCCCGUCGAGGCCGCCACCUUCCGGGCCGCGGCCGCAGAGCGCUCCCAGUCGCCGUCGGCUCAGGCCACGGCCGCCAUGGCCGCGGUGGCCUCGUCGUGCGGGGAGGCCGCGGCGGCGGGUGCGCAGGCGGCAGGGACGCGACGCCUGCUGCAAGUGAAGCCGGAACAGGUGCUGCUGCUGCCUCCCGGAGGACCGGGGGUGCCUCCGGCUCCCGACGAGGGCGCAGCCGCCGCCGCCGCUGCCGCUGCCGCCGCCGCCUCGUCCGCGCAGGCGCGCCUGCUGCAGCUGAGGCCGGAGCUGCUGCUGUUGCCUCCGCAGUCCGCGGCCGACGGAGGCCCCUGCAGGCCGGAGCUGCACCCCAUGCAGCCCCGGACGCUGCUCGUCAAGGCCGAGAAGCAAGAGCUGGGGGCGGGCUUGGACCUGUCGGUGGGAUCUCGGAGGACCACCGAGGCCGGCCCGAGAGCCUCGAGGGCCGCCAAGUUGGAUGGCACCGGGAAGGCCCUCGACGGCCGCCGAAGCGAUGAGAAGAAAGCCAAGCUGGAGGCAGAGGAGGCUCCGAGGGAUGCGCUGAAAGGCGGGGAAGGCAAGAGCCUGCUGGCCAUCGGAGAAGGAGUCAUCAAGACGGAGGAGCCAGACAGACCCAGGGACGAUUGUAGGCUGGGCACGGAGGCCACGUCCAAUGGCCUGGUCCACAGCAGCAAGGAGGCCAUCCUGGCCCAGCCGCCUAGUGCUUUUGGGCCACACCAGCAAGACCUAAGGUUCCCUUUGACACUCCACACCGUCCCACCUGGAGCCCGUAUCCAGUUUCAGGGGCCUCCGCCUUCUGAGUUGAUACGGUUGUCCAAAGUCCCCCUGACACCAGUGCCUAUUAAAAUGCAGUCCUUGCUGGAGCCUUCUGUAAAAAUUGAAACCAAAGAUGUCCCCCUCACCGUGCUGCCCUCAGAUGCAGGAAUACCUGAUACUCCCUUCAGUAAGGACAGAAAUGGUCAUGUGAAGCGACCCAUGAAUGCAUUUAUGGUUUGGGCAAGAAUCCACCGGCCAGCACUAGCCAAAGCUAACCCAGCCGCCAACAAUGCAGAAAUCAGUGUCCAGCUCGGGUUAGAGUGGAACAAACUUAGUGAAGAACAAAAGAAACCUUAUUAUGAUGAAGCACAAAAGAUUAAAGAGAAGCACAGAGAGGAGUUUCCUGGUUGGGUUUAUCAGCCUCGUCCAGGGAAGCGAAAACGCUUCCCUCUAAGUGUUUCCAAUGUAUUUUCUGGUACCACACAGAAUAUUAUCUCUACAAAUCCUACAACAAUUUAUCCUUAUCGCUCACCUACCUACUCUGUGGUAAUUCCCGGCCUUCAGAACACCAUCACUCAUCCAGUUGGUGAAGCCCCUCCUGCCAUCCAGCUGCCCACACCUGCAGUCCAGCGCCCAAGUCCCAUCACACUUUUCCAGCCCAGCGUCUCCAGCACUGGCCCAGUGGCCGUCCCGCCUCCAAGCCUGACGCCCCGCCCAUCACUCCCACCUCAGCGCUUUUCUGGGCCUUCCCAAACUGACAUUCAUAGGCUCCCUUCGGGAAGCAGUCGCUCUGUGAAGAGAUCCACUCCAGGCUCUCUGGAGAGCACCACCAGGAUUCCAGCUGGUGCAAGUACUGCCCAUGCCAGAUUUGCAACCUCGCCUAUCCAGCCUCCUAAGGAGUAUGCCAGCGUUUCCACUUGUCCCCGAAGCACUCCGAUACCCCCGGCGACUCCCAUUCCACACUCACACGUCUAUCAGCCCCCACCCCUUGGCCAUCCAGCCACACUGUUUGGGACACCACCUCGGUUCUCCUUUCAUCACCCUUACUUCCUACCUGGACCUCAUUACUUCCCGUCAAGCACGUGCCCUUAUAGUCGGCCUCCCUUUGGCUAUGGAAAUUUUCCAAGUUCAAUGCCAGAAUGUCUUGGUUACUAUGAAGACAGAUACCAAAAACAUGAGGCUAUCUUUUCAGCUUUAAAUAGAGACUAUCCUUUCAGAGACUAUCCAGAUGAGCACACACACAGUGAAGACUCUCGGAGCUGUGAGAGCAUGGACGGGCCCCCUUACUACAGCAGCCAUGGCCACGGUGGGGAAGAGUACUUGAAUGCCAUGCCCACUCUGGACAUUGGAGCCUUGGAGAAUGUCUUCACAGCCCCAGCCUCAGCCCCCUCUGGUGUCCAGCAAGUCAAUGUCACUGACAGCGACGAGGAGGAAGAAGAAAAAGUGCUCAGGAAUUUAUAGUUUAAAAUAUGCGCAGAAAAUAAACAUUUCUUAAAAUAUAUUCUGGGUCAGUUGGUGUGAGAAAAAAAGCCUAGAAUGCUUUGCUGAGUGUUUUCAGCCAUGAUCUGAGGAGUCAGGACCAAGUGCCGUUCAUGUCUUCCCAAGUUCUCUUAGUGACCCUGGACUCCCGAUGCCUCAGCGUAGGGAUCUUAAAAUCCAAAGUAGUUACUUUCAUGGCUGAAAUUUGCACCAACAUGUGAUAGCAUUACGUUAUCUUGGAAAAUUCAAAAUUCAGAAAGCUCCUGUGGCAUAUGAGGACACAUGUGAGUAUAUCAUCUGCACAGCAAGUGUGAUAUCUCAGGGUACAUUAUUUUAUUUUUCUGAAAAUUUUUGGUGUUUAUAUAUUUAUAGAUGUUGUCAGUUUUUAUGUAACAUUUUGAAAAUAUUUUGAUAACUUGUAGACAUGGACUAGAACUCAGUUGCUAAAUUUAAUUUACACUAAUAACCAAUUAUAAGUUAAAAAUGUAUUUUAAUGACACCUAGCAGUUCCUUCAGAUAUAUUCAUUUCUGUUACUGAACAUUUUAUCAUCAUUUUAACUAUCUUUCCCAUUUGGUAUGCAUUGUUAUAUUGUUGUUGUAACUAAAUAAACAGAUGAAAAUGC